UCUUGGGCAGUGCGGGGAACUAUUUUGUUGAGCUCACGCGAAUAGGCAGUGACUAGAACGACUGACAAAUAUUAAAAUUUCAACUUGUGUCUUUGCAAGCGUGAUUCUAACAGACUCAGAAGAAAGAUGAAGACCUUGGGCGUCAUUCUGAGCUGUGUGGUUUUAGCUCAAGCCGAUAUCUACCUUCAUAAUCCAAGAGGUAGUAAUAAUCGACUGGAUGGAGAAGGUCGUGACGUAAGAAAUAACGCAAGACUGUACGAUUCGCAGAACAACAACCGGGGUGGGUACAACGUGGGAAACCUGUACUAUUACGAAGGAACAAAACUUUCGAUUGAAUGGACUAAUCAACACACCUGUGCAGACCAGAAUGCCCACUGUGAGCUGGUUCUGCAGUACAUGUGUGACGACAAGAUCAGGGAUGGUACUACCACCACCACCAUUCCAGAUCGCCAUGACAGGUGCGAGAACUUCGACUGUAACACUGACAUGAAGUUUGGCAUGCAGGAGGAUUUUGACUACUAUUUGAACUGCCGCACCAGGGAGAGAAACAAGGGACUUUUUAUUGCCGACAGGAACCUGAACCGUAACGAUGCCAGACGUACCCGUCAGAACAACAAUGGCCAAAGAAGAGGCUACGAAUGCCCAGAAGAGAAAGAUUACUACCCAUACUGGCAUCCGACCCCAUGGAAGGACAUUGCAGUUAUGACCAAUGACGAGGAGAGAUGCCAAUAUUACAAGACAGAGAGCGCUAACGUCAAAUCAAGAUGGGCCUGUGUCAUACCCAGAGAGAUUUUGAUGGAAAGAUAUCUGAGGAACAUCAUUGUGCCUAACAACGCGGAAGAUUGUGCCGAAUUCGAAUACGAAGGCGAGAAAGUAGGCAGAUGGACCGAAUUUCCGGCUCACAACCUUCCCGCGCCAGAUUGUCGUCUGGCUCCUUGGUCACGUGACAACCACAAUGGCAACGGUAUUGGAGGGUAUUUCAACACCUACGAUUGGGUCAUUCCCGAGGGCAUUGCACAUGAAAGAUGUAUAUUAAGAAUGAGAUACAACAUUUCAACCGACGACUACGAUCCUUGGAACACUGACGCAUCUUCCAACGAAAAUGAUGAGGUAGAGGGCUCCACCAUCGACUAUUCAGAGAGAUUCGGUUUCGCAAACGAGGCCGCCGCGAGGAAUAGAGGCUACAUCUUCCAGAAUAACCCAACAGUGCAGAUCUUUCCCGACCUCGGUGUGAAUUUAGCUCUGGCCAUCAACACCGCACAAUUUGGACGUACCUUCCAGGACAGGUCACACGUUUUUGCCAUUAGAGAAAGACCUGAUGAACUCAAAGGCGUUACUAUCCACAAUUUGAACGUGAGAGGAAAACGUGGUAACAACCAACAGGUGUACCCAGCAGUGGAAUACGACUAUGUCCCCAACACCUUGGAGAUCAACACAAACGACUACAUACAUAUUCAGUGGACCGGGUCCAACAGGAACCCGCGAAACAACGCCGGAAAUGGGCUUGCCGGUACUGACCGCAACAACCUGGUCAUGUUGAGGAACAAAAACUACCCCGAGGGAACGCCCGGCGCCGCUUUCGGUGGACUUGACGUUGUCGGUCAAUGGGGCAACAACUAUCCCAUGCACCUGACAAAUGUUUCUGACCUUACUGGGGCAUCUAUGGAACUCUUACAAAGUUUGGCACUUCUGACACCUACCCAAUAUGGCGGAGAGAUGUCUCAGUUGGACGACGCUGGUACAUACUUUGACACAGGGCCACUGCAGUUUAGUAAAGCCGGUGUACUUAACUUUAUGUGCACCAGAAACAAUGCCUUCACUAACAGAAGCCAGAAGGGAAGAAUCAUCACUAGGGAUGCACCUGCGAAGUAGAUGUAAUGGCGCUCUGAUAAAAUAUGGGCUGUUCUUAUAUCUGUAGCCUCUACGAACACCCAACGCGCAGCAGGGGAAUUUUUGUUUCGAAUUAUCCAGUUACCACAAACAUUUGUCUUAGAAAAAAUGGUUUUAUGUAAUGGCAUCCAAAGAUUUUUUUCUUAAUUUUGGUUGAUCUUUUAUGACGUAUUACUUGUGACGAAAUAAAAGGACGUUAGCUUUUA